AGUCAAUUUAAUUGUUCUUCUUGAAAACAUAUAUCUGCAAAUAGUAUUCAAUACAACUGGAAUUUGAAAUAAUUGAGUACUAAAGGCCAACAAGUUCUCAUGUUCCAAAUAUUGUUUAAGCUCUAACAAGAGCUUCUGAGAAACCUCUGCCUCUGCAUAAUGUUUGCGCACUCUUAUUAAGAAUCUUAUGAGAGCAAAAAUCUUAUGAUAGUGUGCCUCAUAGUCAAAGUGAUUAGUUUGUAAACACAUAUUGUGUUGUGAAUACUCAUUGUCUCUUGUAUUUACUUCAUACAAUGAAUCUCAACUCUAGUUUUAUUUCCUCUACAAAAAUAAAAUCAACAUUUAUAAAGUGAUUUCCUAAAAUGAUCAAAUCUCAAGUAGGAACAAAACAAUGUGUAGUCAAAUAGUAUCUGACUGAACUUGGUAUGACUUUCAUCAGACAAAAGAUUUGAUCCCUUUUAAACUUCCUUCUACUAAAGAAGGCAACCAGAUUUUUCUCUUCAUCACCACUUGUAAAAUAAAAAUAAACAAGAAAAAGAUUCUGAGAUUACAAUUAGUAAUGGAGAAAACGUCCCUCAAGUUUGUCUUCUUGUUCUCCCCCAGAUAGCACUUUUUGUAUGCUUCUUUUUUGGCUUAUAUAUUUUGGGUUUGGCUUUGUCUUAAAACUUUCAGAUAAAAUAUUUAUUUCCUUUUAAUGUUCUUCUAUAAAAGAAGACAACGCAAUUUAACACUUACAAAAUCAAAAGAAACAAACAAACAAAAAAGUUUUGAGGUUACAAUAAGCAAUGGAGAAAACGUCUCUCAAGUUGGUCUUCCUCUUCACCAUCUCAGUCAUAGCAUUUUGUUCUUCUUUGGUUGAUGCAAGAGAGAUGGCCAAGGAAGAAGUGAAUUGCCUCUGUGGAAAAUGUCGUGAUGGAAAGAAGAGCUGUGAAGCACCUAUAAUGGACAGUUACGAGACUGAUGUGUCUUGCCGUAGAGACAACGAAUGCAUCAAGUACUGUCCUAAAGGCUUCAAGAUUGUAAACUGCAGCUUUGGAACCUGUUUCUGUGAGCGUUAAGAGACUGGAAACCACCAUAGUAUAUUAGUAUAUUAUCUAAUUUUAAGACAGCUAAGAAGAAGAGAUUGAUGUUUAUUGGUGUUGAAGUGAUUUAGUGUUCCUCAAAUACUGUUUUGAAGCCUCCUUUGGGGAGGUAAACUAUAUAGUAAGAUCUUACAGUA